UCUGUUCGCGGCCAGAGACCACCGCCCACUUAGCCACAGCCAUUCGCUCCAACGCAGGUGCCACCAUGAGGACCGCUGUAGUCGCCAUCUUUGCUGUUGCCAUCGUGCUGAGCGCGCAAGCGCAGUACGAGCCCUGCGGCAAGGGCGAGCCGUGUCCCGAGGGCGAGUGCUGCAUGAUCACCGGCGUCAGGUACGGCACGCCCUCUUGUCACCCUCUGCGCGCCAGUGGUGACUCCUGCCGGCCACACUCGAAACCGCAGAACUUCACGCUGUCUGCCGGCCCGUUCGAAGCGGCUACUCUGUUCACGGACGUCUACUGGGCCGUCUGUCCCUGCAAGUCGGGCCUGGAGUGCGCCGGUGGAACCUGCGUCUAGCUGCCUCAGCCGCUCGCCCGCCGACUCACCGCGACAACUUCAUCAGCAUCAGCACGACGAAGCGAACUCGAAGAUUCAUAUUUUGGAAUAUUCAGAGAGUGGAAAACCGAUACAGCGUACAAUACGUCACGGCAAUCAAGUGGACGAACGCUAUUUUGUCACAGGUUUCAUCUGAUAUCACCGUUGCCACCAUCCCUUCCGUCUGUCGUCAAUCAUGAAGUCACUUUAAGGGAAUUGUAGUUGCCAAAUUGUGGACACUUCCAACUGAAAAACGUAUCUCACCUUAAUACAUUAAUACACACGCCGCGCUUACAAUGUAGAUCGUUACUGUUAAUCGACUAUCAUCUCUCUGCACCGUUCCCACCUAGUCUUAACCUCAUCAUGUCUCAUAUCGCGCUCAGUCGCUGAGUUUUUCAUCCAAGCACUGUAGUUAUUACAUAUUAAACCCAUUUAUUGUAUUCGGAGCAUUAUUCACGCUUAAAUUAUACAUCGAGAUAUGCUUCAGGAACACUUUAGAUGUUCUAAGGGCACUUCCCAUUAAGGAAAUCUCAAGAUAUUAAUCGAAAUGAGUACUCUACCCAUUAUCGUCACCUCCAAAACGAAACACUUCAAGCAUUAUCUGUCAAUCUCAAAUCACCUGUUUAGUUACGAGAUCCAUUUGGCACACAAAUGCCUAAGGACCGCUCCCUUUUUCUGGUGCACUCUGUUGCCCAAGACUCGGCCCUAGUGUGAGAGGACAGUAUCUGUCGUUUUACACGUAAACAGUAUACGACUGGAAUACUUAAUGUAGAAUGUAUCGAUUGAGGCUACGCUGCGGUGGAGGGACUUCGGAUUCGCAUUCCAGGUGAAUGUCGUUCAAAUUAAACCUCUGUCCAUCUCAAUUAAGAUGGUCUUUGGUCUCCCUGAAUCACCCACGUCAAAUGCCGAGAUAGUUCUCUUCAGGAAUAAAAGAGAAAACUUUGGUCGAUUUCCUGCCACAUCCUUGAUCCUUGUACAGUCAGAGUUUGUACUCCGAUCCCCUAGCCAGCAUUACGUCCCUCUAUGGAUUCGCGUUAACAAAUCCAGAAAUCGAAGUACGUAGGGCGGUAUUGGCCUCUACAAAGAAAACAACUACAUUACUUGUCAAUAAAUUCCCUCUUUUAAUACGGUCAUACAGUUAAAUGUGUAUUUGCGAUGUUGAACAUGUAGUGUGUCUUAUGUUGAAAAUGUAGAGCCUCUCGUGAUUUGGAGUGACGUCCAAAAUGCCAGUAUUUUCCACUGAUUUUAUCAGUGAGAUCCCGUGUCCGAUAAAAUUUUUUGCAGAAAAUGGUUGAUUUUUGAAACUUACGCACCUGUUACAGCUAUUUAUAGAAUACAUCGUGACACUUCUUUCCAUGGAUUCCUUGUACUUUUGCCCCUUAUUGUCUAGAAAUGGUCAAAUGCUAACCAUGAUAAAUUCCAUAAAAAUUUCUGUUUGCGUUUCCAUCCCAUCACUCACCUUUACUAAGUGCGCAUUCUUCGCCAAUAAAUUACGUGAAUGGUAAAUUAAAUAAAAAUAUUGCUUAUUUAUGCAAAGAGAUUAUUUCUCACUUUGACCAUGCUGUUAACUUACUUUACGUCCGGCUUACUUUUAAGUUGCUGUAUAGUAAUUUGACUCUUCUGCACACAGAAGCGAAGAAUGAGCUCCACUAUUAUAUUUGCUUGUGUACAGUGUUUGUAAGACAUGGCACCAAUCAAGAAUAAAUAAAAUUGUAUAUGGUUUCACAAAA